ACCGAUAUUUUAACGGUCCUUCUAGUUAGGGUCACAUAGAUGAAAACUCACGAGUGGAAGCAGGGUUCUUCUGGGAGGAAGUCUGGUGGUACGGACGACGAAAACGUGCCUCGUGACUCGGGCGUCGGUCACGGGUCUAGAUAUAGGGACUUUGACCAUAAGCGUCGUGGACAUUCCGAUUACAGGGAUGGUCAUUAUCAGAACAGUUCCAGGCGUCGUUAUGAAGAUCAUACUCCGGAUGGUUACCGUAGGUACUAUGACAAUGAUGACCACGUUCGUCAUCAUCGGUAUGCUGACCGAGAUUAUUAUUCGGAAUCUAGGUCAUAUCGUGGUAGUCGUCAGAACCAUCGAUCUUAUGACGAUGAUCGUGAUGACUAUGAGGAAUCUCGGUCUUAUAGGGGCGGUCGUUACGAGGAGGUGACCAAGUAUCGCAGGACUGUGGAUCACUAUGAUGACCGUGACCAGUACUCUGACCGUUACGACCGCUAUGAUCGUUAUGACGGUUACCGUCAUUCACGUCGCAGCUUCUCGCCACAGACUCCGUACUCCGACCGUCGCAGUCCGAAUCCUCGUAAGGUUUACUAUUCACCUCCACCGCCACCACCCAAGGAACCUCCAGCUAAGCACGCUCAACCUUCGGAUAGCGCUCAGCAGAAACCUGCUAAAACCAAGGGUGGCGGCAACCAAGAAUCUGGCAAUACCGGUCGCAAUGCUGCUAAGAACCGCCCCGAGUCGAAGGCGGCUGAGACAGCUGAGGCCACUGACGAUGGCAAAAUCGCUGAUCCCAGGGUCGGUCGUAACUUGUACGCUGCGCGGAUGACUACGGCACUCGACAUUGUAACUCUCCCCAAGGUGCCGCCAUCUGAGUCCUCGUUGGAUUCGCCCCCGUUUGAAUUGGGCACUCAUUGGAACGCCAUUAAGCCUGGUAGCAACUUCUUUUGCACUCCGUUGGAGCGCAUUAACGCGUACUUAUGCUCAAGUCGCUGUGAGCUUGUACAGGAGUGGUGGCUCAAAGGCACCCUGUCGUUACUGAUGAUGGGCAUUCCCAGGCACUGGCGUCCCAGUGAAGUGCUCGUCUACAUAAUGGAGGCUUACGAAAAGCUGCUUGAUUGGGAUGAGGUAAUACCUGACAGCAUGAUGUCAGCUUGCGUUGACGUUGGUGACAGCCACAAGUUAAAAGGUUACCAUGAACAGUGGUGGGACAAAAUCGGUUUGCAGAAGUUUGUACUGCUCUUUGGCGACUCCGGCAUUGCGGUAAAUGAGUUACCGUUAAUGUUUCCGAAGACGGGCGACACCAAUAGCAAGACUGUGGUGAACACAGACCCACCUGAUGCUAUGGGCCUGUUGAUAUUUAAUUCAGAAAUCAAGGCAAUGCAAUUUUGGGCCACCUUUUCAACGAAUGCUAUUAGGUCAUACCCAUCUACCAUUGUUGUAUGUCCCGACCCAUCAGGUUGGCGUAUAUACACCGAGGCUAUAGCGCUUUGGUUUAACGCUGAAUCUCUGACCCAGGUAGCCCAGGCUCAGCUUAAUAACUCCUUUGGUGUUAACAAGGCUAACGAAGACCUUUUAUCGGUUUUGACUAAUAAGUCCCAGGAUGAUCACGGUCCUAAGCAGAAGCCCAUAUCACAGCUUACCUUUGUAUCGCCCUAUGUAGCUUGCCAGGAGGAUGCCAACCAAAUUGCCAAUGCGUUGACUAAAUCGGGUAUUAAGUGUAUGUACCACAAGCCAUCUAAGAUCAUGUCGUUGCAAUUUCCUAACGAAUCAUGUUUUUCUUCUAUGGCAGUAUGUCAUCGUUUCUUUAUAUCACCAUCUGGAUCGCGGGUACACUGUUGCUUUAUCAAUUGCUUGAACAAGUUCCUCCCGUUGGUCAAGCGCACCAACGUUGAGCACAUAUCCAAUGCUGUGGAGAAGUGUAAGACCACUCCGCCCAAACCCUGCAAGUUCAAACCACCUUCGGUGGGUAUCGUUGCCAUUAAGGCUGAGGGUACUUAAGUCACUGGGUACAAGAAUUCACUAAAAAAUCUUUUUAUUGGUAUAACAAUGUCAUAAAUGCGAACAUCGAGUA